AACGUAACGUGUAGCAGUUUCCAAAGGCUGCCGUGCGGAAUAUACACUAAAAGUGGUUGAACACUCAUGUUCAUUUCGGCAGAGAGCUUCGCAAAGGUUUAUUAGCAGCGUAGAAACCGAUUGGACAACAUGUAUCGGACAAUCGCUCUGUUUUUUCUUUUGUGUUCAUUGAACGUCUUAUUACUGUCACCGAUAUGCGGAGCCUUCCAAGUAAGCGAUUGCGGCUCGAAAGUUGGAAAGUUUUCAACUGUAAGUUUGGCUGGAUGUGAUAUGGAUAAAGAGGUUUGUAACCUAAUACGGGGUACAAAUGCAACAAUUGAAAUAGACUUUACAGUUGAAAAAGAAAUAAAAAGUGUAAAUGCAGUUGUACAUGGAAUUAUAAUGGAUGUUCCUAUACCUUUUCCACUAACAAAUGCAAAUGCUUGUGAGACUUUUGAUUCCGGAGUCUCAUGUCCUCUAGCUAAGGAUACAACAUCUCACUACAGAAACACAUUACCAGUGUUGCAUUCUUAUCCUAAGCUCAGUCUUAUUGUAAAAUGGGAACUCAAAGAUGAGAACAAUGAGGAUAUUGUUUGCAUGCUGAUUCCUGCAAGACUUAAGUAGGUAAUAUUGAUUCAAUUUAUUACAGUGUCAUGUUUAAAGGAAUUGGGUAUUUUACAAAAGUUGUGUGAAAUGAAUAUAAAACACGGCAUUAAAAUAUGUUGUUUACCAUGUU